CAAAAUUAUUUGAGAUAAGGGGUUUUUGAUAUUACUUACGGGUGAUCCGUUUUUGUCCUAUUAGGUGACGCCCCUCUAAUGGAAUGUGACCCGUAAUAAUAGCCUUGUUUGGUAACAAAAAAUCAAGGAAAACCCUAAAAUGCCAAUAGAAAAAACCAAAUUGAAAACUAAAAGAAAACAAAAACAGAAAUCAAAUUAGGGGAAGAAAUUAAAGGUUGAAUCCCUAUCUAUCAAUGUAGAAUCAAAUUGAAAUUUACCUGUUCAAACAGUGGAAUCGAAUCAGGGGGGAGAAGAGAAAAGUGAAGAAGCUUCAAGGAGGCUCUUCUCAGGGUUUUAAGUUUUAACAAGUCUGAUGACGAUUAAGCCGAGAGAGAGUGUGUAUUUGCAGAGAGACUAUUUGGUAGAAAGAAAGAAAGACAUAUUUACCCUCGAGUCCGGUGAAUUUUCUCCUACGGUAUUAUGUUACAGCGGGCAGGCACCCUCCUUGACCCCCCGAGCCCGAGGCAAAGAGUCGUAUCAUUUCCGUAGAGAGAGAAAUCAGGAGUAAUCCGAUUUCUCUGAAACCAAAAUCAGAAUUCAGGCAUUCUCAUCAUCAUUGAAAGGUUCAAUUUGAAAUGAAAAUCUUAGAAUUGAACAACGGUUCAAGAGACAGCGUAUGUGCAGUGCUCAGUUUCAACUUAAACUAGUACUUUUAAGAAUUAAACAACACUACAUUAACACUCCUCUGUCAGCCACUAGAGCUGCUUAAUUGGGGCUUUAAAUUAAAUGGGAGUUGUGCUUGUGGGUUCAAGGGUACAACUCCAGUUACCUAGAGACGUGGUGCGAGCUAAGAAUUUGGAGGACAAAGUUGGCGGUUGAGCAGACCAAGCUUUAAAACUGAUGGUGGUGGUGGUUGGGUAAUGAAGUAGAAGAACCAAUAAUGAAGCUAGUAAAAGCUUAAGUUGAACACACUGCACAAGGCAAAACAGCGUGUUUCAGGUGGUAUUGUUCUUGCACCCGAAGGAAUCAAUGGGAGCAUUUGUGGGAUAAGAGAAUCGGUGAUAACAGUUCUUGGUUUCAGAUAUAUACAAGCUAAUGACCAGUUCAAAGAUCAAAGACAGAUCGAAUCUCUAGCGAGUCCCUAGGAAAAAGACAUCCAUCCUGGACACGUUUUCAAUGGGAUCACGUGCGAAUCAAUGUGAAGAAAGAGAUAGGCUCUCAUGGAAUGUCAUCAGUGUCAACCCUUCGAAAGAGUUGGAAAGUAUGUAGAUUAACCCAGAAACUGUGAAUGAUUGCUUAGCAUAACAAGAUGGAGAAAUCUUGUAGUUUGUUGAUUCAUUUCAAAAAGGGAACACCAGCACUAGCUAAUGAAAUCAAAGAAGCAUCAGCAGGAAACGAUGUUGUUGCAAUGGUCGAAGCAAUGAAAAAAGCAGUAAUAUGAAUGUGCUGGAACCCUUUUUCAUUUUCAUCUGCACCAACGGCUAUCAGGGCUGCUGCCAACUUCUACAAUCUGAAAGUGAUAACAGUGUCAAGCUUAUUGUGCUUGAUCGAUGGAAUGAGCUCAAAACUUCUCACAUAGAGCUUAUGGUUGAUAUGAUAGUGGAUGUGCUUAAGGCACUUGCAAGCCCUAAUCUUAGGGUUGCAAUUACUAGGCCCUCAGACACAUUUUACCAGAUACGUGCGCAAGUUUUUUGUGUUCUUGUGCUCUCUGGAUCACUGAAGAGUACUGUCUCCCGCUCUCUGAAGUUGAGAGUGGGCUUGCUACCAGUAAGCAAUGUCUAGGGGACCUGCCUUUUUUCGCAGUGAAUGAAGAAGGAAAUGGCGCAGAUACUUCAAAAGUAAAUUCCAUCACUGUACUUUCUAGGAUACCUGGAAUUCUUGCUGAUGGUACCUAUGCUACUCAGAGUGCUGCCUCGGGAACUGCCAUAUCUCCUCCUACUCAUUUGACCAAAUAAGUUGCACAUAUUGAUAAAAAAUCAAGAGAACAAUAUGAAAUGAGAAUCAAGAGUCAAGUUCAGGUUAUAGAAGAAGUAUGACCACAUGAAGCAUUGCACAACAAGUAUUUUUGGUUGAAGAGGCAGCGUAUAUUUGGUGCCCAGUUUCAACUCCAGUUUUCUCUCAAGACUCGUUUGGAUCUUAAACAGAUCUUUGAUUUCCUUCUUUCUACCAUAAGCUUGCCAACUCAUGAUGGAGGUUAUUGGAGGAUCGUCAUCAGUUCAUCAUGGUUGUAUGCUUUACUUUUAUGUUUCUGUGGUGUUGUUGAUUAUUGGAUGUGGUUUCUUUGAUCUUGCUCUUUCUCAGCGGUUACCAGAUGUCGAAGUCAAGGCUCUAACAGAAAUAGCAAAGACGUUAGGAAAGCAAGGCUGGGACUUUGCUAAAUUGGAUCCAUGUAAUGCUACCGAGGGUAUUAACUGUACUUGCACUUUCUCUGGCAACACUGUCUGCCAUGUUACAGGAAUAGUGCUUAAUGAACAGAGCUUACCGGGCACAUUACCUCCAGAGCUUGUCAAGCUUCCUUACCUCCAAGUAAUUAACCUUGACCGUAACUACCUCAAUGGUUCAAUCCCGCUAGUAUGGGGUUCUAUGAAGUUGGUGACCAUCUCUCUCUUUGGGAAUCAAUUAUCUGGCCAACUCCCUGAAGAGAUAGGAAAUAUCACUACUCUAAAAAAUUUAGUUUUGGAAACCAAUCAACUCUCCGGGCAUCUUCCUAAAAAGCUCGGAGAUAUCGUAGGCAUAAACCGCAUAUUGCUUAGCUCGAAUAAUUUUACUGGGGAAGUGCCACAAACUUUUUAUAAGUUAACAAACCUGACAACCUUCCGAAUAAGUGACAAUCAGUUCACCGGAAAGAUACCUGGCUUUAUAAAGAAUUGGACCAACCUUACAAGGCUAGAGAUUCAAGCAAGUGGUUUGGAAGGACCAAUUCCGUCCGACAUCUUUGCCUUGGAGAAAUUAUCAACUUUGAGGAUUAGUGACUUAAACGGUGAAAAUGGUCCUUUCCCACCACUUGGUAACUUGAAAAGGCUGAACAUACUUAUUUUAAGGAGUUGCAAUAUUAACGGAACACUUCCGACUUACUUUGGCAGUAUGGAAAGGCUCAAGUCCUUAGAUCUCAGCUUUAACAAACUUUCAGGAGAAAUUCCGAACAACUUCAUCAAUCCUUCUGCAGUUUUUUUUCUGUACUUAACCGGAAACUUGCUGACUGGGCCUCUACCGAGUUGGAUGCUUGGAAAAGUAAAGAGUAUUGAUCUUUCAUACAACAAUUUCACAUUGGAGAACUCGUGGGGUUGUCAACUGAACCGUACUAUAAAUUUAUUUGGAAGCUCUUCCAUAAGAAACAACUCGAAUGGCGUACCAAAAUGCUUGAAGACCCUUGUUUGUGAUCAACCGGAUCGUCAUGCGUUCAAUAUCAACUGCGGUGGAGAAAGUUUUCGUAUGAAUGGAAGUAAUGAUGGCAACUACGAUGCCGAUCAGAGUGCAGAGGGCUCUUCAAACUUUUACCACCACGGAACUAACAAUUGGGCAUUAAGUACCACUGGUGAUUUCAUGGACAAUGAUGACGAUGGUGACAGUCUUAUAGCUGGAAUUCCAAAAUCAUCUCUCUCGGGUUCAGAAUUAUACAUGACAGCGCGCAAAUCUCCUCUAUCUCUAACUUAUUAUGGGUUUUGUUUGAUCAAUGGGAAUUAUACUGUGAACCUCCACUUUGCUGAGAUAGAAUUCCCAAAUGAUAAAUCACAAGACAGUCUUGGGAGGCGUGUAUUUGAUGUCUACAUUCAGGGAAAGCUUAAGUUGAAGGAUUACGAUAUUGUGAAAGAAGCGGGUGGAGCUCGCCAGGCAGUCACUAGAACAUUCAAUGAGUCUGUUACUAGUAAUUCCUUGGAAAUUCGGUUUUACUGGGCUGGAAAAGGCACACAAAGGAUCCCUGAUGCCGGAAUCUAUGGUCCUCUUGUUUCAGCUAUUUCUGUACUCAAUCCUGAUUUUGUUCCUCUUCCUUCAAGCACUCGUGGAAAAAACAUCUCUGUAGGUGCUGUGGCGGGAAUUGUCGUUGGUGCAUUAUGUAUCUUUUUUCUGGCAGGUGCUCUCUGGUGGAAGGUAUAUUUGGGGAGAAGAAAUGCAAUAGAUAAAGAACUAAGAGGUUUGGACCUAAACACUAAUUCCUUCACGUUGAGGCAAAUAAAAGCUGCAACAAACAACUUUGCUGCAGAAAACAAGAUUGGUGAAGGUGGUUUUGGACCUGUUUAUAAGGGAUAUCUGUUAGAUGGUACUAUAAUUGCUGUUAAACAACUAUCUGCCAAAUCUAAGCAAGGAAAUCGUGAAUUUAUAAACGAGAUAGGCAUGAUUUCUGGCCUACGACACCCUAAUCUUGCAAAGCUUUAUGGAUGCUGUAUUGAAAGAAAUCAGUUGCUUCUUAUUUAUGAAUACAUGGAAAAUAAUUGCCUUUCCCGUGCAUUGUUUGAAGAAGAAAAGGUCCAACUGAAGCUUGAUUGGCCAACAAGGCAGAAGAUUUGUAUAGGAAUAGCCAGAGGCCUAACUUAUCUGCACGAAGAAUCAAGGCUGAAGAUUGUUCACAGAGAUAUCAAGGGUACUAACGUGCUUCUUGACAAGGAUCUUAACCCAAAGAUUUCUGACUUUGGUCUGGCAAAACUGGAUGAGGAAGAUGACACGCAUAUCAGCACUCGAAUUGCAGGUACUCGUGGUUACAUGGCACCAGAGUAUGCAUUGAGAGGCUAUCUGACAGAUAAAGCAGACGUUUACAGUUUUGGAGUUGUUGCGUUAGAAAUUGUUAGUGGGAAGAGCAAUAUAACCUAUCGCGCAAAACAAGAGUGUUUUUAUCUUCUUGAUUGGGCUUUAAUUCUCCAGGAGAAUGGAAAUUUGAUGGAGUUGGUUGAUCCGAAAUUGGAGUCUGAGUUCGAGGAGGAAGAGGUUUUACGGAUGAUUAAUAUAGCUUUCAUGUGCACCCACACAUCUCCAAUAUUAAGGCCUAAGAUGUCUUCAGUGGUCAGCAUGCUUGAAAGUCGAACUCCUGUCGGAGAAUUCAUUUCGAAUUCAAGAAGUGAAUCUAGCAAUGAUUUGAAUUUCAAACCGGUUAGAGAUCAUCAUUAUAGCCAAACACUGAGUAUUUCUAAGGAUACCCCAUUCUCAGAAUCCUCAACAUCUGCUACUGAUCUUUAUCCACUCAUUAACGAAUCAGAGUACUGGAUUAACAGAGAUUAGAGAAGUUUUACAACCUAUAUUAUUCCAAGUCAUCGUAUAAUAAGAGUUGAUGGAGUUUACAGAUGUGUUUAAAUGUAUAAAAUGCCUAUUCGGAGUUUAUCUGUAUUAUGUCCAACUUUUCAGUUUCCGCCUUGAAUUAUAAAUAAUAAUCUGUCUACUGUGUUGGAGGAUUUUCAUAAAAUUA